AUGAAAGGGGGCGAGGAAUCAUCGCCAAUACCGGACGCCGACGAGGGGCUUGCCGGGCCGCCGCAGGCGCAGUCGCGCCUCGUUCAGCCGGGGAGCAGCCUGCGGCGGCCCGUCCCCGGCUCCGGACCGAAUGACGGCGAGGGAGGGGCAGAGGCGCGAGAGCGGCCUGCGGCCACGAGGAUGCCCGCGGGGGCGAGUGACGGUGCUGCUCUGAUGGGGCCAAAACGAGGCUUCGCGGUCGCGGCGUGUGAGGCCGACCAGAGUACGCGGCAGGCAGGACACGAGUCUCAGCGGCCAUCCUCCGCGUGCCAGGCAGAUGCGUUUAUAUCCAAGCUGAACCCAAACGCCAAGGAGUUUCGGGCGCCUUGUUUUCAAAUUAAUGGAGCUUGGGCCGCAACUUCGGCGCCCAUGUUGCAUUCGACACCAUUUUGCGAGUCUGGGCCCUUGGCGGCUGUGGCGCUCCCUGCAGGACCCACAGCGGCCGCAACGCCGUGGCAAGCAGGCGCAGUAACUGGCUCUGAAUCACUCCCUGCCCCCGAUCGCGGGGCGCAAGCACAGAGGUGGCCGCAUGCCUCAGCGUCUCCAAUAACGCCAAACUCGCAUGACCCCACCGCCGUGCCUUCCACCGCGUUGACGCCAGACGUCAAUGCAGAACAGACCAUGGACAAGUACGUUGAAUAUUGCCGUGGCAACGGAUACCACCUUGUGAGCGUCUCCAACCUGGAUCCUAGCACCACGCAGAAGGAAUUGCUGGACAUAUUUUUCCCAUUUUCCGCCCUUAAUGCCAAGUUGUUGCCACCGCACUGCCAAGCACAGCACCCUUCUCGUGCGGGAGUGGUGUUUUUCCCUUGCAGGGGCACGGCGGAGUUGGCCGUUGGAAAGUUCGAUAAUUUUGUUCCGCGCAAACAACACAGUCAGCUGAAGGUGCGGUAUUUAGGUCCGGAUGCGUCGGAGGCUGGGACACACGACACACUGGUGUCCUCCGCUAACUCCGCAAAACCGUUGACUACCGGCCAGCAACACUCGCAACCGCCGUCAGAGAGGCCGCGAGGCGCUUCACGGCAACCUUCGCGUCCUCGUAAGCAAUCAGAGCGGGAUAGCAUACACGAAGCCAUGCUGCAAUUUGUGAUGAGUGGCAAGGAGUUGCCUUAUAACGGGGACAUUAAACACUUUCUGGCUCUUCAUGGCCUGAAUGCAGCGAAUGCGGAGAGAGUGCUACAAUCCAAUUUUGUCUGUAAAGGGGCAAAGUGGCAUCGUAUAUGGACAAUGAAUCCCACUCCCUCCCCCGUCGCCACAAAUGCGCCCAAAACAGUCAGUGCCCUAGUCGGGUUCACACAGGAGUCCGUCGCGAAGGAGGUGGCAGCGUGGGUGCAACAGCAAAAUCGAGGCGAAGACAAGAUACAGGAGGUGGAUAUUGUGUAUCUUAAUAGUCUGGAGUUUGCCUGCAAGAAACCUUCGAUUGACACGUCGGAGGUGCACGGUGUCACCCGCGCCGCUACCAAUAACAGCAGUCAGGCGACUGUUUGUCCUAAUUCAAAUAUGAUGUUCCUUGGAAACGAUGAUGUGUUGCAUCCUCGCAGCCACAGCGACCCCAGCCUGCCCCGGGCUGGCGUUCACAGCCACGCCCCAAAUACAGAGAAUGGGACACCAUCCAGUUCCUUGCACGGCGGUCAUGCUGCGGAGCUGCACCCUGCCGCUGUCGAAUUUGGUGCUGAGCCGCGCCGCAGUGGUGUGGCAGGAUUUGGUAAGGAAGCCAAGAGCCGUGAAGAGGUGGAGAAAUGGGUCUGUCCUGUUCAGACGACACCGUCGAGACCGAUGAAUGCUCGCCAACUGCGAGAAGGCGGGAGCCCACAAGCGACGAAGAUACUUGCCCCUGCCUUUUCUCACUCCGGCAUGGCGGAGAGUUUGUCCAGUGCGGUGCCUGGCGCCAAGUUAAAUGAGAUGGUUGCGGCUGUGCAAAAGAAGCUCAAAGAGCCUGCCCUGAACGACAAGCAGCUGAUGGAGCAGAUGUGGCGGGUAAUCACGCACCCAGAUACCACGAACAAGGUGGUUGAGCAGCUGGCCUCCGUCAUUACCGGGACUCUGACUGAAAAGAAGCAAAAUGCGGGAACACUCUCUACACCACUAGCGAAUGCAUUGGUUUUGCUGCAUGAGAAGCUGAAUAUUCCGCGGAAUGGCUCGAAUGACGUGAACAUGGAGGAGGGUCUUUGCAACCCCGAUGUGAGGAGGUACAUGGAUUACAUGUUAUUGAUAGCACGCGCCCUGAUUCUUCUAUUUACGGAUGAAACGAAGCCGCCUGAACUACGCAAAGUUGCCGCUGUGUUAAGCGGGUACAUGUUUCGAUUUUCCUGCCUCAGAGACCAGACCCCGUACACGCUGUCCGUGUCACUCAUGAAUCGGCAUAAGGCUGCGCUGGAUGACGCCCGCAAAUACAUGAAGAGGCGACUCAUGAGCAAAAAAUUUUGCGACGUUUGA